GGGUGACUGAUGUGUCUGUGUUCCAGAGGGUAGAAGAAUAGAAUAGAGAAAGAUCAGGAGCUGAGAGAACACUCCCUGGUGUUGGUAGUGUUGAUGUCACUAUAGGAGGAGCUCUCUGGACAGGAGCUCUCUGUCCACUACCACCCAGUCCAACCCUGGUCUUCUCCUCUUCCUUUCCUCCAUCCUCCUCUACUCCUCUGGGAUUGACCUGACCCCUAUUCCUCUCAUCUCUCAUUUCUAUCAUUUCUUCCUCCUGUCCUCCGUGUGGAGCAGUGCCACAGAGCCAUGCACCCCCAGCGUCCUCUCCCCCAGGCCAUGCCCUCCUCCCUCGGGCAGAACCUGCGUGACAUGGCCAUGGGCCUAGGCAGAGGGAAGAACUUCCUUGGUGGGAACAUUGCCUACGGCUUCAUCCAGUCCCUCAAGGAGUGCCUCUACUUCGUACUCUGCUGCUGGUGCAUCAAGGAGAUACUGGACUGACUGACUGAGACACUACGAGAGGGAGAGAGAGGCACGAGGCUAAGAUGUUAAACACAGCGUGUGAAGCGGUUGCCCAUGAUGCAGUUCUAUAUUCCUGUCUGGAGGCUUGGGAAACUGAUGUGCUGCCUGGUGUAUCAGAGGAUCUCUGUCAUUCUCGGAUCCUGAGUCAGUCGGUCUGGAGACCUGCAGUGUGUGUGUGUGUGUGUGAAGCAUCAUCUUAACACCAAUCUGCUGAUCCUAGACCUGUGGAGAAACCAAACCUGUGAGGCAAUGGACAUGGCUUUUGAUGCUGCUUAGGUCACAUUUAAUUCCAAGUUUUAUUAAUUUCUGUACAGUCUUAAUAUGCAAGGAAUAAACAAUGUAAUAUCUGA